AUGGCAAUCAUAUUUAGUGAAAAAGGUUUACAAGACAUCUCCCCGCCCUGUGUCGCCCAAACGUUUAUCAACCAUGGUGCAGUUUUGUAUAAAGUGUUUGUGAUUGGUGAUUACCACUUUGUCGUUGAGAGGCCAUCACUCAAAAACUUCCAUCCAGGGGACCACGAGACCAUAUUUUUUGAUAGCCAUAACGUUUCAAAACCUCACUCGUCAAGUUUUCUAAACAGGAAUCACGAUGGCGAACAGGUGUCACUCCGUCCAAUGGUGCCGGUGAGAGGUGGAAUGCCGUCCAUCCUAAACCACAAUUUGGAUCUUACCGAUCGCAAUAACAGUCCAGUUAAACCUAGCUACACAUUACUUGAGAGCCUCGCACAGAACCUUAAGGAGAAAUUUGGAUUAGAACUGUUCGGCAUUGAUGUCAUCAUUUCCGCCGAAACAAAACAAUAUGCUGUGAUAGAUGUUAACAAUUUUCCAGGUUAUGACGGAAUUCCUAACUUCUUCCCCGUGCUCCUGGCACACGUUCAAGACGUCCUCAAACGCAAACCAAAGUCUCAGCCGGAGGAAUGUGCUUCUAAAGUGUCAUUAUUCAAUGCCGCAAACCAUAAGAUAGAGGACCAUAUGACGUGUUUUAAAAAUGAGGAAAACCAGAAUAGUAUAGCAGCGUCUUUUAAUUGAGUAAAGUGUAUAAAACUGGGCAGCUUAUCCACAAUAUUUCUGCUGUUUUUUUAUCAUCCUGAUGCAGACACACACACACUAGGAAAAUUUUUUACCGCGGUAAUGGUGAUGGAGGUGACAGUGUUGACCCUAUAAAGUGAUGUUAUAAUGAAUAUAAGAAAAUUCUUGGAUGUGAUAAUGCCCUGGAACAACUCGUAGGGACUUGGUUAUCACCUUGGAUGCCCAACUGUACCGUUCCCAAUGAAGUAGGUUUACGUCGUCGAACGGGGCUCCCAUCGACAUCGAUGAUAAUGAGUCGAUGAGACCUUGUUGAACGGCGUAGAUCUCCUUCAUAUCUCAAGGAACGGUUGCGCGUGUUUAUGUUCCAAGCAACAUGGACAUGUUGGCCACUUCAACGUAAGAUGUUCCGCGGCGUUGUUGCCACCCGAGAACUCUUGGGGAAUUUUUUUAGAGCGGUAAGAAAGGAAAGGCAAAAUGUGGGCUCUUCGGGGAAUAUCUAAUAAAAAACCUCGAGAUAUAAAGCACAUAUUUUCAGGGCAUUUGUUGAAUUCUAUGCAGUCUUCCAAAUCGAUGAAUUUAGAAAUGGGCAUGGCCACUGAAGCAAUUCUUACUCAUCUGUUAUCUAUUCAGCUGUUAGAAACACAGAGCCAAAUGCAAGUAGCUUAUUACACAAAGUUAUUAUCUCACCGAUAUCAAAUGGUUCAUGAAUAGGACUAUUAUAGGUCAAGCUGAAAAAUGUACACUAAAGCUGUUAUAAAAGUUCUCCAUUCUUAACUCCAGUUGUCCAUUCUAAACUCCAGUUGUCCCUUCUUAACUCCAGUUGUCCAUGGGCAGCUGUGACUGAGGGUUUGUCCAAGUACCUUAUGACACCAAAUCUAUCACACGGAUAUCAAGUAGUAUCAAACCCUGGGCCAACCUGAAGCAUCUACAGACAGGCUGUUCUCAGUUGCAGUUGUCUGUUGACAACUGAAGAAGAGGUAGUCGGAACUGCUUUUCAAGGCGGUGAUGGAAAAAAAAAUCACAUCAAUGCAAUGUAUUUGAC